AUGUCGAAACGCCAGACAACUCUAUCCUUUGCCGAGGCAGAUCCUCUAGCAAAGCGUGUGAAGACAGAAGCCUCCGACUCAGAGGACACAACGUCGGGCUCAGAGGCGUCGCCCAAGACAACCAUCACUUCUCGCGCACCACGCAAACCCGUCCCAAUAGCCUGCACGUUUUGCCGUGGUCGCAGGAAAAAAUGCGACAACAACAGACCUGUGUGCUCAAAUUGCAGGAAGUAUGGCAAGACCUGCGUGUAUGAGGGCCUUGAUAGGUCAGAGAGGCAAAAGGCGAGCAAGAAACGCCAGUCUGGAGCUCAGGAAGACUUGAGCUCAGAACCAAUCAGUCAGAACGAUCCUGAGUUCGAAGAUGGCAUUACAGACCAAGACCUGCUCGAUAUCGCCGAGGCCAACCCAUUGGACGGCAAUGCACCUACUGGAACAAACGCCUCGCUACCUCGUGCGCUGGUGAACAUGUGGGGUCAACCAAAGACCAGAAUUAAAGUCACCCCAGAACAAGAAGCAGCCCGCAAGAACUUCGACUACAGCGCAGAGGAUUUCUAUGAUCCUGACGAUCAUCAUAUCUGGACACCGGAAGAAGACCGAGUGCUAUUGCAGGGCCUUUUCGAAGGUAAGCCAAGUGAUGAGAUCGCAGUGACCCUCUUUGGUAGUCAUGCAAAGCGUGGCCAGCCAUGGUGGAAGAAGCUCAGAGAUAGAGUUCUUCACCGGGUCUGCAAUCUCAGAAACCGGCUGAGUGAGGAUGAGAUGACCGCGCUCCGUGUCUCCGGACUCCUAUCCGGCAACUUUACGUACAAGAACAAGCAAAAGAUUGCCAAAACCGUUUUCGCCAAAGUCGCCGCCGAUGAAGCCGCCAAGAAGAGUGUUCCGCUCGGAACGUCUGCUGUUGUCAGUCAGCCUAUUCCAGUACCUCCUUGGCUUCUAAGUAUGGGGUACUUGACCGCCAAGCGCACUUACGAAACGUCACAGACACGUCCCCUACACGUUGUGCCAAAGGCAAAACGCUGGUUCCGAGAAGAAUAUCUCUUCACUGCUUGUGACGACAUUCUUAUCCGUGAGUUCAUCGCUCUUGGCAAGUCGGACGCUGAGAUCGGUCGACUUAUGGGAGAGUGGCAGCCAGAUGCUGCUGAGCAAAUCAGACUGCGCAAGGAAGAAGCCACGUUUGUCAAGGCGCGGUCGCCCAGAAUCACGCUCGCAAAGAAGAAUGGCGGCACAGCAGUAAUAACUUUGAUGAGGUACAGCUGCGAGAACGAAGGCCGAGAGCAAGUGGAGCGACAUACGGACACGUUCAACGAGCGGUCUCCCGUGCUACUCGAGAAGUUCGAGGCUCAGGUGCUCAACGGCUUGAAGGCUAAAGAUGUCAACCAUGUCAUCCGGACCAUUCCCAGCAUCAUGCCUCUAGACGCUCCGUCGCGUGGCUCCUACAGAGCCGAUCGACCCGGCCGAGGACGGUGGCGAGUGGGUCAAGAGCUACUCGAUGACCAGAGCAUCGAGUUCCUCAAAGACACUGAGUGUCCCAACGUGCACUGUAUUCAAGUUGGCAUGGAUUCAUGGUCUUCCAACGCACUAGGCUGGGCACGAGCCCUCAAACCGAUCAUUAACACUGGAAAGUUCCAGUCAAUCAAGCUCUGGAUAGACACCGGCUUCGAACUAGGCGGCCACUACCCUCUUCCAGGAGAGAAGCAGCAUUCUCGAUGGCAGUGUUUCGACAUUGCCAAAAUCGUCAACACAAUCUGGUGGAUCAGCACACAAGGCCAGCUGCCAUCUGGCGCACGUGACCGGCCGAUCGAGAACCUCCUCAAGGCAUGGUCAGUAACAGCGCUGGCCAAGGCCAGCAAAUCGCCCAUCGGCAAAGGUGCAAUGGAAGUAUUCGCACUCGAUGAUGCUCAGUGGCGGAACACUACCACUAUUCCGGACUUCGACGUCUCUAUUGCCGACAAGCAAUGCGAGCGUUGUGGAGAAGCCAUUGUGAGCCAGACGUUCCACGACGAGUUUCAAUGUCGUGUGUAUAGUUAUAUAUGUGGCUUCGACGGUUGCCAGAAGAGAUGGCAUUCAAAGGAUCGGGAUCAGAGGGACGCCCAUAUGCACCGGCACUGUGCCCAGCUCGAGUGCGAGUUCUUCGACAAUGCACUCACCGAAGCCAUUAUUACACGAAAUAAAGCAGAUGGCACUGCCGGUCUCACUGCUCAGCUCGACACCUGA